AUGUAUGAUUAUGCCACGAAAAUAAGCAUGGAACAGGAAGCUGCAACUUUACGACGUGCAACAUUUUUCGGUGUUACAUUCUCGACCACUGCUGCACUAAUUUGCAUGCUUUCGAUACCACUAUUUUAUAAUUAUUUGCAACAUAUGCAGAGUAUUAUGCAACAUGAAGUUGACUUUUGUAAGCAGCGGUCAAACAAUCUUUGGCGCGAAGUGACCAGAACACAGGUCUUCACAAAUUCUCAUGAAGACCGAUCCAAGCGGCAAUCCACUUAUUAUGGUUACUCAAGAAAAUCUGAGAUUUCAUAUCCAGCUUAUGAAAUAAGUUUUGCCACAGACAAUUUUUGCUGUGGAUGUGGUAUAUCACCACCAGGACUGGCAGGUCCACCUGGCAAAGAUGGAGCUGAUGGUAACGAUGGUUUACCAGGAAUACCUGGUAGAGACGGACCAGAUACUCCGCUAUAUUUACAACAACCAAAAGUUGACUUCUGCUUUGAAUGUGAGAGGGCUCAACCUGGCCCUCGAGGAAAUCCAGGUCCGAAGGGACCACGUGGUAAGCCAGGGUUCAGAGGUCAUGACGGUCUUCCUGGCUUAGUUGGAAUACCUGGUAAAACAGGACCUCAAGGGCGUACUGGAAUUCGUGGCAAUCCUGGCAUUCGUGGUCGUCCUGGACGGCCUGGAAUAGUAAUUGAUGUAUCUGGGCCUCAGGGAUUGCCAGGGCCAACUGGGUAUGAAGGAGAACCAGGUUUACCAGGUAAAGUUGGAAAACCCGGUCGUCCAGGUAGAAUUGGUACUAAAGGACCCGUUGGUGAUCCAGGUUAUCAUGGACUCCCUGGAAGGCCAGGUGUUGUUGGUAGGCGAGGGGAGGCUGGAUCACCAGGUCUUCCCGGGCAGUGUGACCAUUGUCCUCCACCGCGAACGGCACCCGGGUAUUAA